UUCUCAUACAAGAAGUAAUCUAGUUUGGGCACGAUUACACCCUCAGGCAGAGCUCAGGAACACAUCAUCUAAGCUUUAUCAUAUCGUGGUAUCUUCCCACUAACCUCUCUACCUUACCGUCUUUCCCUUUUUUUCUGUUUUUGACGUUUCUAGUAUUUCCCACGGUUCACCAGAAAAGCAACGCUCACUUCUCUACUCCUGCCCCUCCUUCCCCACGUUCUUAUAUUUGUCUCUUCGUUUUGUCUUUUUUCUAUCUUUUCUUCUUCCCUAUCUGGGCUUGCCUUUUACUGCCGGUCUAUGACAAGAUUCUCUCCUUCUGGCAAAUAUGGCUGACUCUCCCAAGCCUCCCUCCAGGCGGCCUUCCAAUAGUUCCCUGACAGCUCCACGCCUACAAUAUCCGACCUUCCCUCCUUUGAGCGCUUCUGUCGAGGAGUGGCUAUCCCGCUCACGACCGACAAUUAUGACGUCAGCACCUCCCUCAGAGCACUUGCCCUCCACCAGACCGCUGAGUGAGAGCUGGGCUACGCUGAGUAUUUCUGAUGCUCACUCAGAGGAUGGUACACGCUCUGAGCAAACAGACAUCGGGUCCUUGAUCGAUCAAACCAGUGCCGACGAUGUUGCCAGCUUCGACGGCCAAAGCGAGGUUGGUGAGAACUACGAGGACCAUGAGGACGACGACGAGGAGGAAAAAGGAUUAGAAGAAGAAGAUAAUGAUGAGGGGGCGGAUAACAGUGAUGAAGAUGGGGGAUAUGACGGCAGAAGCAUCUCUGAGUCUCAGGAACUCCCUGCCCUCUAUCAUCGCUUUGGCGGUGAUAUCGGGGACAGUGGCCUUACUGCGAAGGCUGCCUUCCAUCAAUCCACAGACUCCAUUGAGUUCAUCGAGCCAGAAAAGUGGCCCGAGGUGGAGCAGGUAGAGCUCAAGCAUACUGUUCAGAUCUUUGAGGGGGUAGAGGCUUCCCGUUUGAAAGAACAGCUGCCUCCCAAUCAGCAGAAUGCGCUCCUCACGGCCACGGUUCAACAGACCAUGACGAAACACAGCUUGGGCGUCGAUCAACCUUUCCGUGUGCUCUAUAUUGGGAACUCGGAUUUCCGGACCAUAGUCCUUGACAAGAUCGGUGACGUGCUGGUGUCUAGCUCGUGCAGCAGCUAUGAGAGUAGCUCUGCCGAGUCAUCGAGAUACCAUGUCAUCCCGACGUCCUUUGGGGCAGAUGCCGUACCCAAUUUCGCGGAACUGCUUCCAAUUCAUGUGCAGCUUAUUGUCGACGAAUGCUUGGAAGCCUCAUCUGAUCCACGAUCUGGCAAACCAAGUACCGUGAGUCUCAGGUUCAAGAAUCGUCCGUCAUGCACUUCGUACUGGACCGGAAGCGAAUACCGUCUCUCGUCUUCAUCGGAUUGGACACUACCAGAUGUAGCCAUCUUUUUCGUAUCGAGUGUGGAUGAUGCGGCAGCAGUGGAGACCCAGCAUCAAGCCCGUACCUUCAUGGAGAGACACGGGGUUCCUGCCAUGGUGAUCUCGGAAAAGCCGCUGUGGGAAAUGACUACUGAGUUGGUACCUGUCAACCGCCACAGCCUCCACAUGUGCCUGGAGUCUCGUCAUUCUCUUGGUGCGGAGCCCACUGUCCUACGGCGAUAUCCUAUUGACCUGCCGACUUUUGAAAGCAUUACUCCCAGCCAACUUAACAGAAACCUGGCUUCGUUGGCCAAUCUCUAUCCUAAGCAAGUCAACAAGGUCACGGCAGAAGCCCCUAAACCCUCUACAAUAAAGCCUUUCUCCUUCAACAUCGAGAAGUAUUCGAAGUAUAUUCCGCGCUUUGACUCUUCAAACUACUUGGACCACGUUCAAGACUUGUCCCCCUCCUUACGUCUACUUGCUAUCAUGGCCAUCUCCACCAUUGCUAUCACUUUAGGAUAUACGGUCAUGAGUGCUGCUUUUGUCUACCUUUCUCAAUAUUUCUUGCGGUCUGAUCUUUCUGAGAUUGCUUUGCCCUCCAGCAGCAUCCCCAACAGGAAUAUCAUUCCCGUCAAGACCCUGGGACAGAAUUCACUCUCCGUAAGGCAUUCGUCGGCCAGCGAAGUCCGGUCACAAAGGAAUCAAUACGAAUGCAGUACCCAGCUUGAGGAGUUAAUGGGCAUCGCGCUCUCUCCGCCAGUUAAACAAGGAAAACCGGACAGGUUCGAGCUUCAGGUGAUCGGGGAUUCUCAUGUUAUCGUGAAGCCACCACGUCGGUUUUCCGCAAAGAAGCAACCAAAGUUCGACAUCAGUGUCACUAGAUACGGGAACACCGUUCCUUACGAGCUCUCUAGGCUAUUUGAAGGUGUCUAUUCACUGAAUUUGGACCGAGAGGAUGCCUACGGGUUGGUGAACGUGACCAUCACUACCUCCAAGCCGCCACUCGAGCAGACCACUCAGGUCGAUUUUGGAACGCCGUGGCUCAAGAUUGCCAACUGGAAACGAGCAGCGUCUAUCCUAUCUACAGAGCUUGUAAGGGACUUGAACACUGCUCAGACUGGCUUGUCGAAAGCAUUUGAUCGAUUGUACACAGAUCUUCAAGUGGCCAUGGGCGAUGUCGUGAAGAGAACACAUCUUCUGCGACAAGAAGUUGAUGAUAUACGUGGAUCGACGCAUCUUUCGCUUGAAAACCUGUCGCUUGAGACGAGAAAUGCUGUCCUCGCGCGAUCCAAGCAACUCACUGAGUUUGUUCGACGUGACGCCGUCCAACCCUUUAGGGCAGCCUGCUCAGUGUUCCAAGAACAAACUAGUAAGGCCAACGCGGAGGCAAAGGAUCUCGUGGUCAAUACGUGGAGUCGAAUCAGUAGUGUUUCGGCGUCGAAGGUCGAUCUGGGGACAAUGAUGGUCCGUUUUCAAGAUGUCCGGAAAAGCGAAGCAUUGAACAAGGCACAGACGCGUGCUCGAGGGUUAAUGAGAUGGAAAGCUCAUGACUCAGAGAGACCUCAGCGGUGAUUUCUUGUGAUUUGAUGUUUUGAUGUCUUUCUGUUUUUGUUUUGGGUUGUCCACAGGCGAUCUGGGUGGUACGGUAUCUUUCUAAAGAAUUGGUUUGCUUUAUGGGGUUCACGAAGGAAAUGCGACUUAUGUAUUAAAUGCCGCGAAUAAUUGCUCGUUUGACUAUUUUUUCAUAUAUCAAUCUCAGCCUUUGAAAUAGAAAAAGUCUUACUGCGUACAAAAGUCGAGUAGGGGUCAAGGCGGUGGCACUUGCAACCUGAGGCAUUGAGGGG